AUGGAGCAGACGACAACAGCCAGCGCCAAAGGCGCCACCUACACGGCCGAGCGGGAGCAAAUGACAGCCAAAGCUGAAGGCGCCGCUGACACGGACCGUCUGGACCAAACCCGCCUAACGAUAGCCGGCUGGGAGCAAGCCGGAAUUGCCGCGCUUGCACCCAUUUCUAAAUCCAUCACCGAGACCUGGGUGGACAUCACCCUCCCCUCGGGCUUCAUAUCCAAGACGCUCGUCAUCCGCCCCGCGCAGCCCAGCCCGCCAGGUCCCCUGAUCGUGCUCUUCCACGGCGGCGGCUUCAUGGGCGGCUCGCCCGCCAUGAUAACCCGGCCCGGCCGAGAGUACGCUGAGCAGUUUGGCGCCACGGUGGUCUCACCCACGUACAAGCUCCUGCCCGAGCACGCCUGGCCGGCCGGUCCCGAGAGCGCGUGGGAGGUGCUCGCUUGGCUAGCCGAGAACGCGCACGAGGGCGGCGACGAAAGGUUCGCUGCCGAUCUGGACCGGGGCUUCGUCGUGGGUGGGUUCAGCGCCGGUGCGAGCAUCGCAACCAUUAUCGCGGGCAUCUCGUUGAGGGCUGGCUUGUUACGGCAUGAUCAACAAGAGCUUGCCAAGCCGAUCACGGGCGUGUUUGCCAACUGCCCGGUGCUGUUGAAAGACAAAGAUAUGGUGCCCGAUGAGUAUCGCAAACUAUGGACCUCGCGGAUCGACAACCGCGAUGCACCGGGCUUGAACACAGAGGGCGUCGAGAUGGUCGGCAAGCACGACCCUCUGCGCGAUGACGGUAUCGUGUUCGAGAAGGCACUCGCGGCUCGGGGUGUAGAGACAAAGAUUGAUGUGUUUCCGGACGAUGGACACAUAUCUUGGGUGGCUUUGCCGUUCGAGCCGGCUAGCAAAGACCCAAGCGUGGAGGAGAUGACUAUGGAGGCAAUGAGGUGGUUGUUAGGUUUGGAAAAGUAG